GAUUGAGUCGCGUGGUGGGGACAAAGCGCGGCGGAGUGGGGAGAACGGCGCAGUGGUGGGGGAGCGUUCGGAACGGAGCGGCAGAACGAGCCGUCAGUCAGCCGUGCUUCGUCGUGGGGAUGAGAUCGCAACGAGGAAUGACGUCGCACGAUCCGACAUUCGCGCGACUACGGUGACACUGUACAAAGACUACACGCGGUUCUAACUAACACGUUCAACCGUUCACGCGAUCGUGAAUUCUGAAUUCCGUCGAAUAAUCGUGUGUUGGUUCCAUUUCGGAGUUACAAAAAGGCGUGUUUCCCGCAGGCUGUGCAACUGUGCGGUGUUCUAUCCCCGUUUCUCCAUCUUCCGCAUUCCUCGCUCCGAUUGGAGUGUCUCUCUGUACACGAGCAUCGUGUAUCGACGACUCUUCGACGGGAUUAUUGCACGCAGGCGGGAUCAGUUCGACCGAGGGAAAGCCAGAGCGUCAGUAACGGCAGAAAACAUCGCGGUUGGCUGGCGGAGGAUGAGCUAGAAAACGAGGAAAAGAGGGAAGCUCGAGGAGGCCGCGUCAUCGACGAAUUUUCCUAAGUAUGCAGCGAACGAGGAGGAUGCACUGGUCGAUGACGUGAAUCGACCGAGUUUUCGGUCGAUAACUUGUGCCGCUGGCUGAAUGGCUAGCCAGACAUUUCGCUCUGUUCGUAGGAGGACUGUCUUUCGGAAGACCAUCGAGUAACCGCGUUCCCUCCGCUUCUUAUCCAAAUGUUGUUCGUCUACGAUUGAAGAUACUAGUAUCAAUCGCUAUCACGGACUUUGUACCCGCUCUGACUCGAUCAUCGUUUCACGUUGAUCACCGGUAAUCCGAAGAUACUCGGAUAGAGGAGAAACGACUGUUCGAAGUGUACAGUUGUUUGUCGAAGGUCGUCGUUGUCGAACGGAAGAGCCGGAGUGGGUCAGUUUCGAAGGUCGAGGGGUGAUUGACCGUUCCAGCCACUGUCAGAGGUGAGGGAUCAUCUCGACGGAUGAAGGCAACGACGACCAAGGAGCAGGAACGUUGCUGCUUCUGCGAGAGUCGCCCUUGAUCCAUAGGCCAGCCACGUGUAUCGCACACGUUCGGUAUCGCGAGGAUCGCGACGAUUUCCCCACCAACCACGGCCACAUGACUUGACGAUCGCCCCACCUACCGCUGCUCGUCGUUUCAGCGAAGGCGGCGGCGACAGUGGCAGAAACGUCACCGAGGGAACGACCAGCACAACGACGACGACGACGACGACCAGCGACGACACCGACGACGACGAGGACGACGAGGACACGGCACGUGGAUGUGCACGAAAGAAGAAGCUAAUCGGUUGGCUGAGUGGAGGUUACUUAACUAGUGACACGGGUCCCUGGUGGUUCAGUCGACGACGGUCGGUCACCAGGUGCGAGACACUCUUUGCCUCUCUGUGUCUCUCGCUCUUCUUUCUUUUUUUUCUUUUUCUUUCUUUAUUUCUUUAUCAACUUCCUUAUCCUCUACCUCGUCGGUCCGUUUAUCACUCUACGUUUAAAGGUCGUACGGUGCGAUAUUCAGAGUUGUGGGUCGUGUUGAUCGUGGUGGGUGUGCCGGUGCCGUUGUUUGUUGUCGUUGUUCUUGUUAUCAUCCUCCAUUUAGGCGGUGUGGCUAGUGAGUACACAGUGUCGAGCGUGAAACUGGAGCCGCUGGUGGUAACAGCUGAGAGGCAGAGCUAUCAUGUGCCCGCAGAGGAUUUUUGGACUGGCCAUCGUCGCACUGGUGACUCUGGCUGGACGAGUGGCAGCCUAUACCAAUCAGUGGGCAGCGCACAUUGAAGGAGGACCGGAAGUGGCCCGGCAGGUCGCGCAGGAGCAUGGAUUUCAGUAUCUCGAUAAGAUAGUCGAUAAUUGGUAUCACAUGGUGCACACAUCCGUGGUGAAGAGGUCAACGGAACCACACCUGGGUGUACACGUGAAAUUAACCCAAGAUCGAAGAGUACGUCGAGCCGAGCAACAACGGGUCAAAUCACGAUCGAAACGGGACCUGAUAAUCAAACGUGGUCCGUCCAAUAUAAGAACUGUUUUGAAUGACGAGAUGUGGCCUCAAAUGUGGUACUUGAACAGGGGGAAGGGCCUGGACAUGAACGUGCAGGAAGCCUGGGCUGAAGGAAUUACAGGACACGGGGUCGUGGUCACGAUUCUUGAUGACGGAUUAGAGAAAAAUCACCCCGAUCUCUACAUGAACUACGAUCCGCAAGCUAGUUACGAUGUUAAUAACCACGAUGAAGAUCCCAUGCCGAGGUACGAUGUGCUGGACAGUAAUCGACAUGGCACCAGGUGCGCUGGUGAAGUGGCUGCGACUGCUAACAAUUCCAUUUGCGCUGUAGGGGUCGCAUUUGGUGCUGGCGUUGGUGGAGUGAGAAUGCUGGAUGGAGAUGUAACUGACGCAGUCGAGGCGAGAUCUCUGAGUUUGAAUCCCCAACACAUCGACAUUUACAGUGCCUCCUGGGGACCGGAUGACGACGGGAAAACCGUCGAUGGUCCUGGCGAACUUGCCACUAGAGCGUUCAUCGAAGGGAUAACAAAGGGUCGCAACGGUAAAGGGUCAAUUUUCGUGUGGGCGUCAGGAAACGGUGGCAGGGAUCACGACAACUGCAAUUGCGAUGGUUACACGAACAGCAUCUGGACGUUGUCCAUCAGCAGUGCGACGGAAAAUGGUCAGGUGCCUUGGUACAGCGAAGCCUGUUCCUCCACCCUUGCUACCACCUACAGUUCUGGCUCGACGGGAGAGAAACAGGUGGUGACUACCGAUUUGCAUCAUCUUUGCACGAGCAGUCACACAGGCACCUCGGCAUCGGCGCCCUUAGCUGCUGGCAUCUGUGCCCUUGCCCUCGAGGCUAAUAAAAAAUUGACCUGGAGGGACAUGCAGCAUAUCGUCGUGAGAACAGCGAAACCUGCCAACUUGAAGGCUCUUGAUUGGGUCACCAAUGGUGUAGGAAGAAACGUGAGUCAUAGCUUUGGAUAUGGCUUGAUGGAUGCAGCUGCCAUGGUUCGCUUGGCCAGAAGAUGGCAAACAGUGCCGGAACAGCACAAGUGUGAAGUUUCAGCCCCACACAUGGGCAGGCCAAUACCACCAAAGAGCCAGUUAACUCUGGAAUUACACGUCAAGGAGUGUAGCGGUGUUAAUUUUCUCGAGCACGUGCAGGCAAAAGUAUCUCUGAUGGCCUCGAGAAGAGGGGAUCUUCAGAUACAACUAACAUCUCCGCAAGGUACGAAGAGUGUUCUUCUAGCAAAAAGGCCUCACGAUGUCUCGAAGGCUGGUUUCACUCAAUGGCCAUUUAUGUCGGUUCACACUUGGGGAGAAAGACCACACGGCACGUGGAAACUUGAAAUCCACAAUGAGGGUCGAUACCAAGGUCGCGCCACACUUCACGAAUGGGCGUUGAUAUUCUACGGGACAUCGACGCUGCCCGAUCGCACCGAGUACGCGUUGUACAGUCCGGCGAGUACGAACAUAUCGAGAAGACCGUUCGUGAAACCGCGCGAGACCGGCUUCUCGAAGGUGCAGAAUUCCCUGGGCAACUCGAAGAGCAAACAAGCCCAGCACAAGUCCGAGAAAUCCGGUAGCCUGAGCCCCUCGUACGUGGUGAACGCUCAGAUACAGUCGCAGAGAAAGGGCAAAGCGCGUGGUCAGCACAAAAAUGGAAAAUCGGCGAACAAACCGAGUCCCCGGCCAACCGUGCAAACAUUGAGGGGAUUGACAGCGAUCAGAGGACCGAACGCGGCUGGCGAAGUUCGUUUAAUUACAUCGAGACCUCGCGGAAGAAGCACGCCAAGUCCAAUCGUAGCGACAACCGUUCAGACCAGCCCUCCCACUACGAUCACGACCACCAAAGUGACCAGCAGACAACGAAUCGUCGAGAUAGUGACCGCGUCCAGUCUUCAGAGAGGUCUGAUUCUACUGGAACCACCGGAGAAAUCUGCCAUUGACAGCGUUCCAGCGAUUUUCCAACAGUAUCCGAAAGUUCAACAACUGUACCCACUGUAUCCGGUUUACGCUGGAGUACGCGGAGCUGGACAACAACACGCGACCAGGGCUAAGGGUCUCGAUUUACUCCAGGACGAACAGUUCGAUUCGAAGAACCUGGACAAGGACACUCUGGAAGAGUUCAAGCUAGUGUUCUACGGCACCGAAACGUCCCUAGAGUUCGACGACGACCUGGACAAGGACAAGUUGGUACCCCCCGUGAUUCACGAGGACGUGAGCCAGGAUAACACGGCGAUAGGAGCGAGGCACAACAACGUGGACCAGGAGAGCGGUUCGUGGACGGGUAGCCAGCAGGUAGAACGCGUGUCGCAUCCGGAGGUCCAGAGACCGACGACGGAGAACCAGACGAGCGGUUGCAGUUCCGUCGACGCUUCGAACGGCAGGUGCCUAGAAUGCAAGCUGAAUUGGUACUACCACAACGGUGUCUGCGUGCACGAGUGUCCAGCCGGGAGUUAUGGCGUUUCUGACGAGACAAAGGCAGUCUGUUCCCGUUGCCAUUACACUUGCCAAACUUGUUCGGGACCUUCGAACACCGAGUGCACCAGCUGCUACGAAGAUGCCGAGCUCCUUUCGAGCGAGUCACAGUGUGUCAUAUUGGAACUCUCUUGGACGAUGCAGUCUACCCUUUGGUUCUACAGAAUGACCAUUUUGUUCACGAUCAACCUGCUUCUUUUCCUGACUUUGGCAAUUUAUAUGGCGAUCAAGUGGUAUCAACGCAGGAGAAGCUUACCCAUGUUCAGAUACAGCAAGGUUGCCUAUUCAGGCAAUGGAGACACGAGUAAAGAAAUUGAUAGGUUGCAAGAAAAUGGUACUCUCUCUGACAGUGAAUGAAAAUGAACUUUAUGGGGUGUGUGAUUUAAGAAGAAAUGAAAUUUACGAAGCAUAUGACUUGAAGACGAGAAAUUGUGUAAUUGAAUGACCCGAUUGACAUGAUAACAGUAUUUUUGAACAGUGAUGAUGGUUCAGAGAGCGUCCUUUUGUUUGACACAUUCCAGCUUGCAUUUCGGAAUGAAUUUGUAAGUUAUCCCGGUGAAUGUUGAAAUUAUAAGAAAACUAAUGUGAUUCAGAGCCAUUCGAUGUGACAACAAAUGCAUAAUAAUAUUUUGAAGUAAUGAAGUCAUGAAAUAGAAUAGAUUUAAUUUAGAAAUAAAUGUAGCAUUUAAAUUAGAAAUUAUUCCUAACGCGUUUAGAGAGGAAUGAAAAUUAAAAUUUGAAAUCUUCUAGCCUAAUCGAGUCAAUUAAAUACGCUUACUAAGUUUGAAAUCACGGCUGACUAACAAUUAAUAAUUAUUAGGUUGUGGCAUAUCAAAUGGACGAAUUUGAAACAUGAAAAGUCUGACAUCAUUUGAUGACAUAAAAGUAUUGCAAAAUGGCACAAGUGCCAUUUGUAUUGCAAGAUCCUGUGCUCUUCGAUAAUCAAAAUUAGAAUAACUCUAUCAUAAUCUGUAAUCUAUAUAUAUAUAUAUAGUCACUUUUCAACUCGAGAACUACUGGGGUUAGAGAUACACUCUAUACGUCAUUAGAAAGGUCUUACUAAAACUAACUCAAAGCCGUUGCGUUUGUGCGGCUAAGUGGCCGGAGGGAAAAGUUACAGGGGUUUCCAUUUCUUGUAGAAAGUCUAUGGGUCGCACAUUUAACAGUAAGUAAUGUUUUUGAAAAGGGUUGCGUUGGUACUAUGCAGCGCAUGCGCGCCUAACAAUAAUUUUUUCAGACUUUGACGAUCCAUAUUUCAAAAAUGCGAAUUUUCCGGGGGACGAGCCUAGUUUAAUUAUAACACGAUUUGCAUUGUUCGAGUUCCUAACUGCACAAAGAGAGCACAUUGUAAUUGCUACAUAAAUGAAAUUACUAUGUGAUCCUAUUUAUGUAAAUUACUUUAAAUACGUGAAACAAUAAAGCAUAACAUCUAACAACCAAAGACGUUUAAAGUUACACAACUCGGUUAGAGUAAAUCGUAGGUGUAGGUAUAGAUGUAUAUAACCAUGGUUGUCAAUCAAACAACAUUUUGUAACAUAAGUUUUAACUUGCUUCUGUUUAUGAAUAAUACUGUAAAUAAUAUUUAUAAAAGAUGAUUUACCUCUGUAAUGUGAUACACGUAUCACUGCAAAAGCGUGCGAAGUAAACAACUAAUUACUUUUGUUAUAAAACAAAUGAUAGACAUUAUACAAUAGGGAUUUUACUAAUUAAAUGUAAUUAACAUA